AACUCAUGACUCCAGGGGUGAUAGUCAGCGUCAGUACUCGCUGAGAUACCCAGACCCCCAUUUUAUGUGUUUAUUGAGUUCUUAUACCUCUUUCUAUGAUUUGAUAUGGAUAUUUUGUGUGCAGAGCCAUUGGAAGGUUGUGUCCGUCAGGGUAAAAGUGUUUUCCUCUUAGACUCAUCAGAUCAACCAAUGGGCAUCAAGCUACACAGUAUACAAGAGGUUAUUAACCAGGAUAAACACUGUCUGCUUCAGCUGGGUUUGAACAGUGUGGAGAAUCUCCUGAAGCAAAACAUCUACCCCAUUAUCAUCUACAUCAAACCCAAAGACAAGAAGGGCAGGAAGUUCAGGAAGCUGUUAUCGGGUCAGAAGGAGGAGCAGGUGAUGGAGGUGUGUCAGAUGGAGGAGCUGCAGUUGGAGGCUCUUCCUCUGAUGUUCAGUAUGGUGGAGCCGAACACAUGGAUCUGCACAGAUGAUCUGAUUGUGGUGAUCCGCAGCACCAUCAUCAGUCAGCAGAGGACAGUAGUGUGGCUGGAGCAGGAGCACGUACAGCAUUAAAAACAUUUUCAAUUAGCCUAUUCAGCUAAUGUCAUGUUAAUAAUUUAACAUAUUUUUAGGCCAAUAGUGUCCAACAUUUCAACGUGUGAUUUUUUUUAAUUUAUUUUUUUAUAUGCUAAACAACUGUGGUACUGUGUUGUGUCACCACUUGAUGUCUGAUGUUAAAUAUGUCCUGAAGCAAAACCAAUUAAGAACCACAGACACAGGGGGUCUGGGUAUCUCAGCGAGUAUUGACGCUGACUAACACACCUGGAGUUCGCUAGUUCAAAUCCAGGGUGUGCUGAGUGACUCCAGCCAGGUCUCCUAAGCAACCAAAUUGGCCCGGUUGCUAGGGAGGGUAGAGUCACAUGGGGUAACCUCCUCGUGGUCGCUAUAAUGUGGUUCUCGCUCUCGGUGGGGCGUGUGGUGAGUUGUGCGUGGAUGCUGCGGAGAAUAGCGUGAAGCCUCCACACGCUCUACAUCUCCGCGGUAACACGCUCAACAAGCCACAUGAUAAGAUGUGCGGAUUGACGGUCUCAGACACGGAGGCAACUGAGAUUCGUCCUCCGCCACCCGGAUUGAGGCGAGUCACUACACCACCACGAGGACUUAGAGCGCAUUGAGAAUUGGGCAUUCCAAAUUGGGGAGAAAAAGGGGAGAAAAUCCACACACACAUAAAAGAUGUUACAUUCAUACGAGCAGACGGAGGACACUUUUACACUGUUUAAAAUGUGGAUGUGAUGUCACUGAGGAGAAAGAUGUGGUUGUGUACACUCUGUGGGGUUUUGAAAUAAGUUUGGAGUUGCAUAAAUAGAAAUAAACCUUGUGUAAACUGUCAUGUGAACAUUUAGCAUUAUGCUAAGCUAAAAUGCUAUUUCUAGCCCUUUUAAAUGCAUCCCUUAUCAGGCAAGAUUAUAUACAUAUAUUAUCAAGAAAUUCCACAAUCAGUCAUACACACACACACACACACACACACACACACACACACACAC